AUGUCCCGCCAGCAACCACGUACCCGCGCCUCAACACUGAGCCCAGUCCCGGCGGAGCACCUCCUCAACGCUGAGCCGCUGCCCACCAACGACCCGCACAUCGUCGUGUUCCGCCGCAUGCGCUUCCAUGUCGCAUUCACCGAGCCGCGCUGGGCGCCCAUCAUCCUCAGCUCGGACGGCGUAGCGUUCCACUUUGACCUCGCUCUGCUGGGUGAAGUGUCGCGCUUCUUCCACCGCCUCCAGAUGCUGCCCUCGCACCGUACGCCGUUCGCGUCCGACCCCACCGCCAUUGCUCUCCACGUCGCCAAGUACGAGGCGCUGGCCGUCAUCCUCACCCUCGUCCGCGACGACCAUGUCUUCCUUACUGGCCUUCGCCAUGUCCCUCCCGUCCCCAUCAGCCACGAGAACCCCGAGAUCCGCGUCAACUUCUACGAUAUCUGUUUCGCGUACGAGUUCAGCCCGCGUAUCACGUGGUUCCUGCCCCACCCCGCCUGGGCUGGCAGCAUCGAGGGCCCGGCGCCUGACCAGACCGAGCACGACGCGCUGGUCGACCGCCAGACGACGGCGGCGGUACAGGUUGCUGCGACGUACAACUAUAGCUAG